AUAAACCUCUAGAAUGAGCUCAAAUCUUUAACUUGGCUCAGACUUCAUCCAUCAAAAAGGGGCCUUGCAUUUCAUUCUUCUAAUUUUAGGAAUUAAUUUCAUAACAAGAAUUUGAACCUGUAUAAAAAGUUACAAUCUUGCUAAUCAACUAACCUGAUUCUUCAGCAGGCGCGAACUGCUAAUUCAAUCGGGAAAAAUAAGAUGGAAGUCCAUGAAGAAAGUAUUAGUGGAAUCAGUAUUGAUGAAACUCAAGUGGAUAACUCCAUUUUUCCUCAAUUAAAAUUAUAUUGUUUGGAGUUGUUUCAUCUUCACCAGAACCCUAAUUAUUCGAAACAAUCUCCUGCGAUUACUCAAUUACUUCUCCUUCUGCGCUCCUCACCUUCUCAUGCUCUUCAACCUUACUUCGAUUAUACCUUGUUUCCAUUGCUGCUGCUUUUGGAUGCAGCGGUGGAUUGUAGGUCUGUUCAGAAAGGAAAACCAGUCACUCAAAAUGUAAGUAGAAUCAGUGAUGCCGUUGCUGAAGGUGUGCUUCAAUGUUUAGAGGAGCUUUUGUUGAAAUGCCGGCUAGGUUCUGUGGGCCAGAUGACAGUUUUGCUAAACAAAUUGGCUUAUGGCGCCAUGCUAUCUCCAUCAGAGGCAGCAGAAGAGUUUCGAGACAGUGUAGUUAGAUGCUUUAGGACAUUGCUUUCCAACUUAAUUCCUUGCUCAGACACAUCGUGCUGCUGCCAAAACACCUCCAGUCGACCUGCACUUCUAGAUAUUGGAGAUUCUAAAUGCUUAACUUCUAAACACUUGGAGCAUUAUUGUGAACCAAAUGAAUGCUUGAUUUCUUUUCUCCAAUCAGAAGGUGCUGCAGCUGCUGUUGGGCACUGGCUCUCUCUUCUGCUGAAUAUUGCAGAGACUGAGAGCUCACGAGGUCUUCGGGGCAGCGCCAAAAUCCGGAUAGAUGCUCUUCUAACCCUACGAGUGCUUGUUUCAAAGGUUGGUACCUCAGACGCACUGGCUUUCUUUCUGCCCGGAGUUAUUACUCGAUUGGCUAAGGUUUUGCACGUCUCCAAAUCUAUGAUUAGUGGGGCUGCUGGAAGUACAGAAGCUACUGAUCAUGCAGUUAGAGGAUUGGCUGAAUUUCUCAUGGUAGUCCUACAGGAUAACGCCAAUAUAUGUGAUCCUCAUGCAUCACUUGACAGGGUUGCUAGUGAGAAUGAGUCUUCACAAUCAUUUCUAAAGGAGCUUCGCCACUUGCAUGUACAAGCUCCUAAUCAGAGUGAACUUUCUUCAAAUGAUCGAAGUCAAAAUGCAACCAUUGUCAAGGAGGAGCUUGUGGAGAAGCAAAUUUCCAGUGGCAAUGGUAAAUUAGGGUCUUUGCAUGUCAAACGUACAAGAGACUGGCUUGAAAAAACUUCAGUCAAUGUUGACAUCUUGCUGAGCAAGACAUUUCCACAUAUAUGUGUACAUACAUCCAAAAGAAUAAGGCUUGCGCUUCUCUUUGCUGUGCAAGGACUGUUAUCUAAUUGCCGUUAUACUUUGAAGAGGAGCAGAUUGAUGCUUUUGGAAUGCUUGUGUUAUUUGGUUUGUGACGAGUCUAAAGACGUGUCCAUGCCCGCACAAGAUUUCCUUGGAUUUUUGUUCUUGUCUGAUGGGAAGUAUACUGUUGUGGAUGAUCUAGCUGAAAUUUUCAACAGGCUACUUGAGAAGCUCCCAAAACUGGUGCUUGGAUGUGAGGAAACUUUGGCCCUUGCUUCUGCUCAACAGAUGCUUGCUUUGAUGUAUUAUUCUGGACCUCAAGUUGUUGUGGAUCACCUUCUCCGCUCUCCUAUUAAAGCUGCAAAAUUUUUCGAUGUAUUUGCUCUAUGCCUGAGUCAGGAGUCUGUCUUUGCUGGCUCUCUUGGGAAAUUAGCGUUAUCAAGUCCUUCUCCUACCGGGUACUUGCAUUCUCUUGCAGAGCUGAGGGCUAAUGGUAGAAGGUUUGUUGGGGAAUAUCCCGUCACUGAUGCUAAGACAUCUGAAGUGUCAAAUAAGCAGUCUUUGGUAAAGGAAAUACAGUACUCUACAGGACAUUCUUAUUAUGAUUAUGAACUUCCACGUAUGCCACCUUGGUUUGCCUAUGUAGGCUGUCAUAAACUUUAUCAAGCACUUGCUGGGAUUCUUAGACUUGUGGGUUUAUCAUUGAUAUCUGAUUGCAGAAAUGAAGUUUUUUUGUCAAAUAUCAUUGAUAUUCCUCUGGAUAAUUUGCAUAAGCUAGUCUCUGAGAUACGCACGAUGGAGUUUUCUAGAGAAAGCUGGGAGUCUUGGUACACUAAGGCACAUUCAGGAAGGUUGCUACGACAAGCAAGCAUUGCUGUAUGUAUCCUUAAUGAGAUGUUAUUUGGCAUGUCAGAUCAAUCAAUCAAUGAUUUCAAAAAACUAUUUAAUGAGUCUGGAGCAAGAGUUGAAGAGGGGCAUAUGAGCUAUGUAUCUUUUUUAGAUCAGUCUUUCCAAGCACGAUGCCAUGUUGCUGGUGUAUCACUUUGGAAGAAGAAUGCAGUUGGGCCUGUGAGGCAACAUGUCAUUGAUUGUAUUGGUACCAUUUUACACGAGUACAUUUCUCCAGAAAUUUGGGAUUUUUCAGUCACUCAUGAUAUAUCUCUCCUUCAAUCUAGUGGAAUAUUUGGAAGUAUUGAUAAGCACUUAUUUCAUGAUGUUGCCAUACUACACCAGGUUCUCAUUGAGGGAAUUGGAAUUUUCAACCUAACCCUUGGUGCAAAUUUUACUUCUAGUGGAUUCCUUUGUUCCUCUCUGUAUCUUUUGCUUGAAAACUUGAUCUGCUCAAACUCUGAAGUUAGACGUGCUUCUGAUGCUGUGCUGCGUUUAAUGUCAGCUACAUCUGGAUGUUCAUCUGUAAGAAUCAUAUUAUUUCUUUCUAUGUCUGCAUUCAUGUCCUGGAAUGCUGACUUAGUCUUAAAUAUUCUACAGGUUGGUCAACUAGUUAUGUUAAAUGCAGACUACGUAAUUGACUCAUUGUGCCAUCAACUCCGUCAUUUGGAUUUGAAUCCUCAUGUCCCAAACGUGCUUGGGGCAGUGCUUUCUUGUGUUGGAGUAGCCAAAAAAAUAUUACCAUUAUUGGAGGAGCCGAUGCGCUCAGUUUCAAUGGAACUGGAAAUUCUUGGGAGGCAUCAACAUCCAGAGUUAACAAUUCCUUUCUUGAAGGCUGUAGCUGAGAUUGCUAAGGCGGCUAAGCUGGAGGCUUGUAUCUUGCCUACUCAAGCAGAAUCUUUUUUGGAUUAUGUUAAACCUAAAGUAUCUGAUGUGAAAAAGAAAGUAGGAGAGGAUGCUGUAAGGAUAGGGGAGCAAGAGUCAGAUGAGCCAGCCUUUUGUGAUGACCUUGUUGUGAACAUGGAGGAUUGGGAUAGUAUUUUGUUUAAGCUAAAUGACAAUAAGAGGUACCGUCGGAUUGUUGCUUCUAUUGCAGUCUCCUGUUUGACAGCUGUUACUCCGUUGCUUGCAUCUGAAAAGGAGCCAGUAUGCUUGAUUUCAUUAAACAUAAUUGAGGAGGGUAUUAUCACACUGGAAAAAGCGGAGGAAGCAUUUAGGCGUGAGCAAGAAACUAAAGAAGGCAUCGAAGAAGUAGCAUCCUUGUGUUCAUUAUAUCAUCUUAAAGACGUUCUUGAUGCUGCUGAGGGGACUGAUGAGAAUAGACUGCUUCCAGCAAUGAACAAAAUAUGGCCAUAUUUUGUUGCUUGUGUUCAAAAUAGGAUUCCAGCGUCUGUUCGGAGAUGUGCAGAAGUAAUUUGCAAAGUGGUUAAGAUUUGUGGCGGGAACUUUUUUUCUCGGCGCUUCCAUAAUGAUGGGCCCCAUUUCUGGAAACUUCUAAGUACAUCACCAUUCAAAGCAAAAUCUAUCUCAAGUGAUGAACAAGCACUAAUGCUACCUUAUAGAAGUACUUCUCGAACGUUGGAACAUCCCAUCUCAGAAUCCUCCAAUCUGAAAACCCAAGCAGCAGUUCUCCACAUGAUUGCCGAAUUAGCUCGAGACAAGGGGAGCGCUUCUGCUCUUCAAGUAGUACUCAAGAAGGUUAGCGGUUUGGUGGUAGGUAUUGCAUGUAGCAGUGUUUCCGGACUGUGGGACCCUGCAAUAGACGCUCUUUCAGGACUCGCAUCAAUUGAUGCUGAUCUCAUUUGGGUUCUUUUAGCCGAUGUGUAUUAUUCUUCUACGAAGGAGAAAGAUGUUGCAAAGCCCAGUUCUGAAUUUCCAGAGCUUGCGGAAAUUCUUCUGCCUCCUUGUUCUUCAAACAAUUACCUUUACGUUCAGUAUGGAGGCCAGACGUAUGGUUUUGAAAUUAAUUUAGCUUCAGUCGAAAAUGCGAUUAAGAAACUGUAUCCUGAAAUGUGUUGAGCAAGCACAUGGUGAAUUAUUUAGCUAUGUAUUAUGUAUAUAAUUUGGUUUAGUUUAUGCUGUAGUGUAAUGUACUGUACAGUUGAAGAUGGAAAUUGAUAUAAACCUUGGAUGAGAUUAUCAGAAAAAUGUGAGAUUAUUUUCA